AUGAAAACAAUCAAUUGUCAUGGAACACCUUAUGAGAUUGGGAAGGCGCAUGGUGUGGGAGGCCAAGAAAUGAUUCGUCGGAGUAUCUUGUUCUACCAGAAGAUGUUUGCUCAUACUUGCAAAAUGGGAUGGGACACCGUUCGUGGAAUAGCCAAAGACUGGCAAAGUGAACUCGAGCGAAAGUGGCCGAGGUACUCUGAUGAGAUGCAGGGAAUCUCGGACGGUGCCGGGUUACCCUUCGUUGAUAUUUUGGCUCUCAAUAUUCGCACUGAGAUCGCAUUUGGAAUGUUCAAUGAUGGAUGUACGAGCCUGUAUUGGAGAACUGAUCGUAAUUCUUUUUUGGCCCAAAACUGGGAUUGGAUGGAAGAGCAGAAGCAGAACCUUGUCAUUCUUGACAUCACCCGAAACGACAGACCUCGAAUCAAGAUGGUCACCGAAGCCGGCAUUAUCGGAAAGAUUGGACUCAACGAACUGGGUGUCGGCGUGUGUUUAAAUGCUAUUAAAGUGCCAGGUUGCGAUUCUUCGCGCCUUCCAGUUCAUCUUGCGCUUCGAUCAGUCCUAGAUAGUCCAUCGGCCGACGAAGCCGUUCGGCGGCUGGAAGAGACUGGAUUAGCCGCUUCCGCGCAUAUUCUCAUCGCAGAUAAAGGAAAAGCCAUCGGACUGGAGUCAACAGCGGAGACAAUCAGGCUUAUCGAAAUGGAUGCUGAAAGCCGGAUUUUCCACGCAAAUCACUUGUUAUUGCCACAUGAUGGCCCCGUGGAAGUUGGCUGGUUGGCCGAUUCGCCUUUACGCCAGCAACGCAUCCAGAGUCUAGCUACGGGGCUAGGCUCAUCCACCGGCAGGCAGCCAGAUUUGGCUGACAUUACACGCAUUUUGGAUGACCAUGACGGAUUUCCGCAUUCAAUAUGCCGAUAUGAGAAAGGUCCAUUGGGAAUGGAUGCCACGCUGUUCAGCAUUGUCAUGGAACUUGGGGGUAUAACUGCUCGUGUAUCCCUGGGAAGACCGUGUCAACCCGAAGAGUUAAUAGAACUAGACUUUGAAUGA